UGUGAUACCGAUUAUCGACGGUAAUUGAAAAGGAUCGGCGAUUGUGAAGUGCAGCGGCGGGAUGGCGUUCACGGCGGCGGAGCAGCAGAAUCUGAAUAAAGGGAUAGCGGAGUUCUACGACGAGUCUUCGGGGAUGUGGGAAGACAUAUGGGGAGACCACUUGCACCAUGGGUUCUACGACCACAACAUCUCCGCCGGUGUUUCCCUACCCGACCACCGCGCCGCUCAGAUCCGCAUGAUCGAAGAGGCCCUUCGUUUCGCCUCCCUUUCCGGUACGUACGCUCUGGUGACCGUCUUCUGUUUUUACUGUUUCUUAUCUGCGUGAAAUUUGCUAAGCCCGUCUACUUCCAAAAUAUACCUUCUCAAAAUGGCAUUGCCAACUUAGAAACAUUACAAGCCACAUAUUACCCAUUCUUAAAUUAGUUAAAUAGGGAGUGUUCCUUACUCUCUCCAUCCACAAAUAAUCUUCUCACUUUCCUUUUUUAUCUGUUCAUAAAUUAUAUUCUCAUUU